AUAUGUAUAUAUGUAUGGUAUAUAUGUUUCUGUUUGACCACUGCUUUAAAAAAAAAUCCAGGAAUCAGAUUUUCCUCAGUUUGACAGUGAAAAUAUAAUAUUUGUGUUUUCUGUGACCAGUGUUCUGAAUUGUUUGGUCUCUUCUGGGUUCUGUGACACCAUCUGAACUCACCUCAGCACCAGGACCCGUGAAGCGGCUUCUGCUGGGCCUCACUGGGCUGCAGUUCUUAGCUGGUCCACCAGGUGUCACCAACAAGCUGCAGGUCCACACUCUGAGCAUCUCCUCACUCAGAACCAGCAGCUGUAGGGGUUCAUUUCAUUUCUAUUAAAUGUGGAACAUUUAUUCUUUUGAUCUGAGACUCCGAGUCCUGAGCUGAAGCACCACUGGAUGCAGGUCCAGAUGAUGCACAAAGCUUUGCUCACCUGGACUGGAGGUUUUGGGAGGACUUUGUUAGAAACUAUUGGACAUGACAUGUUGUCAGUGUUCAGGUUCUGGCUGGUCCACUCCAGGACCUUCAGAGUCAGGACCGAAUGGGUCAGGUAGCAAAAACUAAUAAGCCCCGCCCCUCACACGCACCUCCGUUGUUCACCCUUUUAUGUAACAGGGAUGAGCAACAACACCUAAAGUCAGUGAAUCAUCUACAGUUACAACAGAACAAAAAGUCUUUGUCCUGAUCAGGACCGGUUCUGGACAGUUCUCUGCAGUCCCGAUCAGGACCGGUUCUCUGCAGGUCCUUUUACCUGAUGGAACUCUUUUGGUUCUGUUGUUUGUGUUUAGUAUUUUUAAUGAGUAAAAUAUCUUCUGAGGGUAAAAGUCUUUAAACAUGGCUGUGUUUCCUGAGUGGCUCUGAACCAGAGGGGUUUCUGGGAUGUCAGUAGGAUGUGUCCAUAUAAGGGCACGGGGGCGGGGUCUGGCACGUGAAGGGUGGAAAACAUCCAGAGGUGGAGUCAGAAAGAGAAUAAAUGUGUGAUGAUGAAAGAGCAGCUCUAACUCACACACUGAAACACUAAAGCAGACCGGACCGGAUCACAAGUCAACAUGCUGCAGACCCUCUGGACCUUCAUCCGGGGACACGCUCCCCUCCUGAACUCACCCUUCUUCCCGGUCUUCUUCUCCCUGUCGGUGUACCUGUGCUUCUGCCUGCCCUUUCUGCUGCUGGACAUGCUGGCCCCCAGGCUGGUCCUGGUCCGCAGGUUCAAGCUGCAGCCUCAGAGCUCCGUCAGCUGGUCCUCGGCGUGGAGCUGCCUGCUUCUGACCCUCUACAACCACCUGAUCUUCAUCUUCCCACUCACAAUCCUGAACUGGUACCUGAGGCCGGUGCAGCUCCCCGAGGAGGCGCCCCCUCUGCCCCGCCUGCUGGCUCAGGUUCUGGUCUGCCUGCUGCUCUUUGACUUCCAGAGCUUUGCCUGGCACCUGGUGCACCACAAGGUGCCGUGGCUCUACCGCAACUUCCACAAGUUGCAUCACACCUACACCUCCACCUCGGCUCUGACCACAGAGUACUCGGGGGUCUGGGAGAUCCUGAGUCUGAGUGUCUUCGGUGCAGCUAACCCCCUCCUGCUGGGCUGCCACCCCCUCACUGAGAUGUGCUUCCACGUCCUGAACAUCUGGCUCUCGGUGGAGGACCACUGCGGCUACGACCUGCCCUGGGCCACGCACCGCCUGGUGCCACUGGGUCUGUACGGGGGCGCCCGGCACCACGACCUGCACCAUCUCAAGUCCAAGUACAACUUCGCCCCGUACUUCACCCACUGGGACCGGCUGUUUGGGACUCUGUGCACGCAGGCCUGAGAGGACGGACGGUCCCUGAACUCACCUGGAAGGACUCCUGUGGACCCUCAGCUGCAGGGGCUGAUGGGAAACCGCCCGAUGGACUGAGAGCCAAUCAGAUAACCAGACUAUUGCACAUUCCCGAGAGUAUUUCAGUAUUUAUUAACGUUUUUAUAACUUGAGCCGGACUCAAACUGUUUCUGUGAAAUUUUUAUUUAUGUUUGAAGAAAAACUGUUCUAGUGGUGUGAAUCUGAAUAAAAUCCAGAAAGUUCUGGUUCUGUUGCUCAGAUAAUGUUCAUAUUGAACAGAAAUGUUCUGAUAUAUAUCAAAUAUAUGGGAGGAAGAGGAGGAGAGUGAUCUGACAGGAAGUGAAUGUGAUGAAGGUUCUCUGUUGGAAACUCGACUGAAAUGUAAAAUUUAUUUAUUAUUUUUUAUAAAAUGUCAAGUUUUGCACUGAAGAAAAAUAAAACAAAGAAAAAUA